AUGUUCUAUAACGGUCUGGUGGCGCAAAAACGCUUGAAAGGACCGUACGCGUGGGAGAAUGCGGCGGAUUUUUUCAAAAGCGAUCCUAUCAAGGUGAACUCGGCUCCGCCUCCCAAGAAGAAACGACGAAAAACGCAACCGCCCCCGAAAUAUCCACCAUUGAUGGAGGAGGAAGUCAAAAGAGACUCAUCCGAACAAACGACUGGCAGCACCGACAUAGAGAGACGAGUUGAAAUGCCAACGGAAUUGUCAUUGCCCGACGUCGAGAAAAAGCUCUUCGAAAGGUUCGGUGUCCGGAGUAAGGACGACCAAAAACUACGUGAACUCGGCGUAAGGUUAUCAGGCGAGAUUCUCCAAGGACCACUCGAAAUUGACGAUUUAUUUCUCGGAGAUAAGGAUGACAAAAAAGAUUUCAAAAUUGAGAAAAAGAAAACGAAGACAGACGAAGAGAAAAAAGAUGCUAAGGGUAAAGAAAAGAAAGAUGAAAAGAUUAAAUCGAAGGAGAAACCAGCAGCAGCUUCAAAAGAAAAGGCGGUCCCAAUGUCGAAAGAAAAGGCGGUCCCAAUGUCGAAAGAAAAGAUGUCAAAAGAAAAGGGUGCUCACAUGUCGAAAGAAAAGGUUAUUCCCAAGUCGAGAGAAAAGAUUGUUCCUUUGCCAAAAGAAAAAGCACUUUCAACGCCGAGUGAACAAAUUGAAUCAACACAAAAGCCGCCGACAUUAAGGAACGGCGAUGUCAAGGACGGAGGCGAAUUAAAGUCAAAAUCUAGUGACAGUCAACAGCAGUUGCCGAGUGGCAACCCGGUAGAGAUCACGAAAUCCGGAUCCGCUCCGAAUUCUGCUCCAGCUGAACCUCCUAAAUGA